AUGCCAAACUCUGCGGAUUCAACACAGCCUGAACCGCAGUGGAAAUGCCAAAACAGGCGUCUAGAUGACACGGCCUUUCCAGUAGCAUCCCCUCCCAUGUGCGGUAGCUGCACCAAGCAAUAUGGAGAUCAGCAAAAGGCAAAUGAAAAGCAAAGAAAGGGGCAGAACAAGAAGGAUAAGGAGGGUAGAAAGAGACAAGAGAAGGCUGCUAAAGCUUCUCGGGGGCAGAAGGAGAAACUUGACAGGGAAGAGAGAGAAGCAGAGGAAUAA